GACACCGAGCGGAAGUGCUGCGGCAGUGAAGCAGGAAGUUAAUGGUGUUGUUUAUUUUCAGGGUAAACAAAUUACUUAAUAAACGGGUGAAAGGGCGAUAGUGAAGCUGAGUGGCUGCAGCAGGGAUGCGGGGAGAAGAGUCGCCGGACCCGGAGAUUGGAGGCAGGAUGGAGGAGAGCGCUGUUCGGAGGAGUCUGGAGGCGCUGUGUCAGGAGCUAAACAUGGACGAACAGACCGCCUCCGCCGCCAUGGAUAACUUCAAUACCAUCUGGAAUACGUACACUCUGGAGGGUGAUGUGGUCCAUUGGUUGGCUUGUGCCCUUUACUCAGCCUGCAGAAAAGGAUCCGUCCCUACUGUGGGUAAAGGUGUGAUGGAGGGAAACUGUGUGUCUCUGACCAGAAUUCUUCGAUCGUCCAAACUCAGUCUCAUCCAGUUCUUUUCUAAGAUGAGGAAAUGGUCCGACAUGUCCAACCUCUCACAGCACUUUCGUCUCCGCAUGGAUCAGCUGGAACGGAACUUCGAGGUUUCCACAGUGAUCUUCCGUAAAUUUGAGCCCAUCUUCAUGCACAUGUUUCAAAACCCACAAGGCGGAGAUCCGCCGAGACAACCACGCAGCAGGAAACACAGACGUCUGCCGUGUCACAUCAGUGAUGUGUUCAAGUUCUGCUGGACACUCUUUAUCAACACCAAAGGAAACUUCAGUAUGAUCGGUGACGAUCUGGUCAACUCGUACCACCUGCUGCUGUGCUGUUUGGACCUGGUGUAUGGAAACGCUCUCCUCUGCACCAAUAGGAAGGAACUCAUUAACCCCACCUUUAAAGGUCUCCCUGCUGCGUACCGCUCUGAAGGCAGGCUUCCGGUAGAUGGAGCUCCUCCCUGUGUCUUGGAGAGAUUGUGUGAACUUCAUGAUGGUCUGGUGGUGGAGGCCAAAGGCAUCAAGCAGCACUACUUCAGACCCUACAUCCAGAAGCUCUUUAAUAGACAGAUCCUGAGAGGAAACGGAGAACUUUUAACAGAACUGUUGGAUCCCCAGAACUUUAACGACAACAAUAAGUCCGUCAACAGAGAGUACGAGGAGUACGUGCUGACGGUGGGGGACUUUGACGAGAGGGUGUUCCUGGGAGCAGACGCUGCGGAGACCGCACCGCCCAGGACGAGCGUCCAGGAGCAGGCAUCCAACCGACUGCAACAGCAGGUGGAGAAGUCUUCGGUGUCUCUCGCUCCAUCCACUCCUCUUACAGGACGGUUCUACCUGAAGGAGAAAGACCUCCUGGUGACUCCGGUCUCCUCGGCCACCCAGAGCGUCAGUCGUCUUCAGAGCAUGGUGACGGGUCUGAGGACUGCCCCCAGUGAUCACCUCGUCCAGAUCUUCAGGUCCUGCUCCAGAGACCCCACAGAGACUGUCCUGACCAGAGUCAAGACCCUGGGACAGACUUUUAAAGAGCAUUACACCAAGGACUCUGAGGACUCACCUGCAUCUCACAUAGACUUUGCAGAGAGUCGUCUGAAACUGGCCCAGAUCCUGUACUACAAGGUCCUGGAGAACGUCCUAGUCCAAGAGAACAAACGUCUGCAGGGAAAGGACAUGAGCAUGUUGUUGGAGCAGGACAUCUUCCACUGCUCCCUGAUGGCCUGUUGUCUGGAGGUGGUCCUCUUCUCCUACAGCUCCCAGAGAACGUUCCCCUGGAUCAUCAGCGUCUUCCGACUGUCUCCCUUUUACUUCUUCAAGGUGAUCGAGGUGUUUAUCCGCUCAGAAGAAGGUCUAUCCAGAGACAUGGUCAAACAUCUGAACUCCAUUGAGGAGCAGGUUCUGGAGAGCCGAGCCUGGACGUCAGAGUCGGCCGUGUGGAGCGCCCUGCAGGCCGCCGGGAAUAAAGCUCCUACGAUUGAAGAGGUGAAUUUUCCCUCCAGCCUCGACUCUGGGUAUAAUUCAGGCUCAGGCUCUGGUUCUGGUUCUACAAGUGCGUCUCAGUCCCACCUUCCUCUUGUGGCUCUCUCUCCUAUCAUCCACCCGAGAAUCAAAGAGUUCAGGUCAGCUGUGAGCAGCACUCGUAAAGAUGUUCCUCCUUCGCCACUGUCCGUCCAUGACAGGUACAGUUCUCCGGCGGCAGGCAGUGCCAAACGUCGCCUGUUUGAAGACGACCCCCCGAUCCAGAACCCAGUCCUGAGUUCGGUGUCAUCUCCAGGCAAACGCCUGACCUUUGGCCCUAGCAGCAGCACCACUACUCUGAAGAUUGGAGGACAGGCGUCUCAGACCACCGUUCUCAGUAUCCCCUUGCAGAGUGUGAACAACGAGAGGACUUUCACGCUGAUCCCAGUCCAGCCAUGUGACUCUUCUGGAAACGUCGCUACUCAGUUUUUACUCACUACCUCCCCAAGUCGACCCACUGUCCCCACCACGACUGUCGCUGAUCAACAUACAGGAAGUGGACGUCCUCGUCGCACUGGUUCCCUGGCUCUCUUCUUCAGAAAGGUCUACCACCUGGCCAGCGUCCGUCUCAGGGACUUGUGCCUGAAGUUGGACAUCUCCUCAGAGCUGCGGGGUAAGAUCUGGACGUGUUUUGAACACUCUCUGGUCCACUGCACAGACCUGAUGAAGGACCGACACCUGGACCAGAUGCUGCUGUGCAGCAUUUACAUCAUUUCCAAGAUCACCAAGGAGACUCACACCUUCCAGGACAUCAUGAAGUGUUACCGCAGCCAACCACAGGCCUGCAGCCACGUUUAUCGCAGCGUGUUGCUGCGUCACAAGGAGAACAGAGAUCAGGCAAGUGACGAGAACAUGGAGGUGGAUCCAGUUUCUGGAGGAGAGUCUGCAGAGAAAACCAGUCAAGUCUUGGGAGCCGCUGAGUCCAGCCAAUCGGGAGAAGAGGAGCGCGGCGAUCUCAUCGAGUUCUACAACAGCAUCUUUGUGCUGAAGAUGAAAAGUUUCGCUCUACGCUACGCCACCAGCGACCAGCGGGGCGAUGCGCCACCUUUGUCCCCGUUCCCCUCUGUCCGGGCUCAGCCCCUGUCUCCGAGACGAGUCUCUCAGAGACACUCAAUUUACGUGUCCCCGCACAAGAAUUCUUCAGGGAACCUCACACCAAACUCCUUCACCUACAGGAUCAACAACAGUCCAUCCAAGGAGUUUUCGGACAUCAACCGUAUGAUCAGGCAGGGCUGUGUUAGCAGAAAGCGAGCCUUCACCAUGGACGCAGAUGUGACCAUGUCAUCAACAACCUGCGACUCGCCCAGUAAGAGAGCGUGUCCAGAAAAUGGCAGCAGCCAAGAUGUGCUGCUCAAGAGGCUUCAGGACGUCGUCUCCGAGAGACAGGGCAGAUAAAAAAAAAGAAAAGAAAA